UUUGUAGGCAUAGAUAUCGCUAGACAAUAUGGCACCGCGCAGGGAGUCAAGAUCCAACGUCAACACCGGCAAAUCUUCGAUAAAAAAUAAUAAAAACUGGAUACGGAAGUAUUUGGAAUGGCGAGAACUCGUUUCCCUAUUGACCGAUCCGAAGAAAUUCGCGUUGACGGCGAAGUUAUUUCUCGUUUUCGAAGUGGUUCUAAACGUGUUGGUUAUCGAGAACGUGCCGUACACAGAAAUCGACUGGAAGGCCUACAUGCAGGAGGUCGAGGGCUUUCUGAACGGCACUAUGGAUUACUCGAAAUUGCGAGGUGACACCGGGCCGUUGGUUUAUCCCGCCGGAUUCGUCUACGCCUUCUCCGGCCUGUAUUACAUAACCUCAAACGGCACGCACAUUAAACUAGCACAGUACAUUUUUGCGGCGUUGUACCUGGUCCUAUUGACGCUGGUCUUCCGGAUUUACGCAAGAACCAAGAAGGUGCCGCCCUACAUUCUGAUCCUGAUGUGCUGCACCUCCCACAGGAUACACUCGAUAUUCGUUCUUAGGCUCUUCAACGACCCGUUGGCGAUGGUGCUGUUAUACAUGAGCAUCAACUGGUUCCUGGACGACAAGUGGUAUCUAGGUAGCAUAUUUUACAGCCUCGCCGUGUCCGUGAAGAUGAAUAUACUCUUGUUUGCUCCAGCACUACUCAUUGCUUAUUUGUGUAAUCUAGGUACGUUUAAAACCUUGAUACAUUUAUCAAUCUGUGCGUUUGUACAGCUGUUACUUGGUUUACCGUUCUUACUGGAGAAUUCUGUCGCGUACAUAAAGGGUGCUUUCAAUCUGGGUAGAGUUUUUGAGUUUAGAUGGACUGUAAACUGGCGCUUUUUAUCAGAAGAUACAUUUAUUCAUCCAUACUUUCACAUUUCAUUGUUACUUUUGCAAGCAUUAGUAUUGCUUCAUUGCGCGCCUACGUGGAUUACUUACAUGAAAUCGUAUGCGAAAUUAAAGCAAGUGGAGAGAGAUUUGAAGCCUCAGUUUCACAAGAAGGAAAAAGUGGAUAUGUCUGUUGCAAGUCAGUUAUUUAUCUAUCCACUUUUCGUCGCAAACUUCAUCGGAAUUAUGUUCAGCAGAUCGUUGCAUUAUCAAUUCUACAUCUGGUACUAUCAUGCACUACCGUACAUCGCAUGGUGUACCGAUUACAAGACUGUUCUUAAAUUAGCGAUUUUAGGCGUGAUUGAAUUGUGCUGGAACACGUAUCCGAGCACGGUAUUCAGUAGCGUGGCGUUACACGCAUGCCAUAUAAAAUUACUGUAUGGAAUUUUGAAAAACAGACCAAAUACUGUGACAAACGCGACAAAAGACAAACACGCAAUUGCAAACUGUAAAGAUACGUAAUGUAAUUGCAUUUUUCUAUACAUUUUCUUCCUGUAUAUGAAAAACUAUACAAAAUAUUGAAUUGUAAUAUCUUAUUUUCAACAAAGUGAUCAUGUUAUUCAUAUUAUCACCACCAUUCUGACAUGUGUGGAACAGUUAUCCGUGAUUUUCUGACUUGUGAAUAGGAUUGUUUAUAAACUGUGUCUAUAAAUGCGCAAAUGUACAUGUGUGUAAAAAAAAUUACCUUUUGUAUAUAAAAGAGCCAAAUAAAUGAUGAAUAUUAGUUUAAAAUAA